AUGAGGGUCCUUGAAAUUGUCUCACAGAGGCUUACACACCUGGAAUGUUUGGGGUUCCACAUCCCAGAGGACGAGCUGGCCAUCAUGGGAGCCGGUGACAAGCAGCCGCUGAUCCUUGGAAAGGAGCACCUGGGAGAUACAAUGGGAAGGUGCCUGCCUUCCCCACAUAAUCACAGACGUCAUCAAGAUGGAUCCGUCCUCGGUCGCAUCUGCGAAGUAGUCUCUGUGCCACUUCGUCUCGAACCAUAUGGGAAGACUCGUGGUCUCACGAGACUUUUUUUUCCCAUUCUGACCGAGAGCACCAUGUGCGAAUCUCGGUCGAUCGAAAGGGCAGACGAAUGCCCUCUGGCCCUCCUGUCGGAAGAGACGCGGAAGGAGCUGUGUCUCCUGCUCAACCCGAAGAAGUUCCUCACUACGGAACAAGGAUAUUUGAGGGACUGGAGAGGCCUACUGGGAUGUUUCGGAUCGUCCCGCAAUGCAUCACAUUUCACCUCCGCGAAUCCCUGCCAAGACGUCUUGCGAGAGCUGGCCCGAUCGCCAGACAACACUGUGAGGGAUCUCCUGGCUGCUUUGGAGGUGUUGGACCGAUAUGAUGUCAUCGACGACUGCCAGCAUCUCUUCAGUAACGGAUUGCUGGUUGUAUUUUGGCUUUUCUGCUCUUCUGUGAUUGUUGGGAGCUUUGGUUUGGCUUUUUCUGCAGUUGCUGACGUUCAGAAUGCCUGCAAGAAGAGGGACUCCAAUCGUCAGGUAUCAGAUCCACCUGCAAUUGAGGAGGUGUCCUUUGAGUGCCUUACAUUUGAUGAUGCCCUGAGCAAGAGACCAGUCCAGUACCAUGCAUUCGUGCUGUAUGCAGACAAAGAUGAGGACUUCAAGCAGGAGGCCGUGUCAGAACUGGAAGGUCGACGAUCCCUCAGACUUUGUUUCCGAGACCAUCUCCUUCCCGGUAUCAACUUUGAGCACAAUGCUGUGAUGGAGCUCAUCAGGGACCGCUGCCACUACCUCAUCUUGGUCCUGUCCCCAGAAUUCUUUGCCAGCCCCGAGUAUGAGUUCUACUCACUGUUUGCUCAGGCCCUUAGCAUUGCCUCAAAGCAGCGGAAGAUCAUCCCAAUCAUGGCCAGGCCCUGCCAGACAAUUCCAGUGCAUCUGAGUACCCUGUGGAAGUUGGAUCGUGAGAGAUACCAACGUUUUGGCUGGGAUUUUUGGGGAUACCUCUACUCUGCCCUCACAUCCUCUGCAUCAAGCCACCUCAGGUCUCCUGAACCAAGGCUACAGGUCUCAUCAUCCUAUCCAGAACUCAAAGAAGCAAAAAGUGCCUUGGAAGGCCCAGCUGAACUGUCGCAAAUGCCCUCGCCCAAGCAACGAGUGCCUAAGUUCUUACUCAAGUGCUCAACUAAGAUAAAAGACACAGAGAAUAAAAAGGAGGGAGACACUGUGGAGGCAGAAGGCAGUGAAGAGACAAAACCAGGCCCAAAAAAGUCUACAUCUGGGUUUAUCAUUCAGCCUUUUCGUCGUCUGCUGGAUGCUAAGAGGAAGGAGGCAAAGAUGGACAGCUUCCCGUCAUACCAGAAUUCAUCCGGGAGCUCGGGGCAGUUCCAGAAGCUCCUGCGUACCCUCACAACCAAUGUGCAGAAGGUCUCUCAGAAUGUGCAGUCCCUGAAGCGACUGGUGAAUCAACUGGGCACCUCCCAGGACACCCAGCAGCUCAAGGACCAGAUGCACGAGCUGCAGCACUACACGAAGCAACUGGCUGAGGACACAACAACCAAGAUCAAGAAUCUCCAAGCCCAGGUCCCCUUCCUCCCCAGUGAUGAGCAGAGGAUGGGGAAGCUGCAGCUGGAGCGUCUGAUGAGCGACUUCACAACCGUGCUGAACGAGUUUCAGAUCCUGCAGCGGCAGGAGCGGGACUUUGAGCGAGAACAGAUCCGGCAGCAGCGGGCCCAGACCAUCCCACAAUCCAGCCUCAGGGGGCCACCAGGACGGGGAGGAGCGAGAGGGGAAGGGACGCUCAUAGAACUGAAUGCCCCAGGAUCGAGUGGAUUUCAGACACAGACUCUCAUGCAGGAGGAAGAAGAGUUGCACGCUCUACGGGAGAAGGAACUUGCCGUUCGGCAGCUUGAUGAAGACAUCCAGAACGUGAACGAGAUCUUCAAGGACCUGGCCACGAUGGUGCACGACCAAGGGGAGAUGGUGGACAGCAUCGAGGCAAGCGUGGAACACACUCACAUCAGCGUCGAGGAGGGCACCCGGCAGCUUGCAAAGGCAUCAUCUUACCAGACAUCAGCAAGGCGAAAGAAGUUCAUCAUCGGAGCGAUCAUCCUGGCCUGCAUCGCCGUCUUCGGCCUCAUCAUCUAUUUCAUCUCCUGAAUUGAGUGAAGAAAAAAACUCCAUUAUUGAGGAAAAAACUUAUAAUAUUCCCCCAUAUGUGAAUCUGCACUUCCCAUUGCACCGUGCAGCUGUGAUGAAUACCAUAUUCGUUUUUCCACCUCCUUGGACCCCGUUCCUGCUGAAACGGCAGCAGUGCACCCGUCGGUCCGAUCCACCCGGUUUCCGUCGAGGCCAAAGAGACCCAUACUUAAUUACUGUCGAUGCUGCCGAGUCUCGUUUUGUCAUUUCCAUGCACUUUGUCAAAUUUGGCAAAAAUAAGCCCAUACAAGGAGGCUGCUCGGACAUCUUGAUUUAUUGGCAUGCCAGUUUUUUGGCCUCUCUGGGAAAGAAAAUGAAGUAAGCUGUGCAACAUUUUAUCCUAAUUCAUCUGCUUAAUGGAAUGAUGUAUGGUCAGCACAUGCAGAUGAUUAGCACCUGAUACUUGUUUUCUAUUUAGGUUCCUCAUAGUUCAAUUUCAAAUUUUGCUCGAUUAUGAAGCGAAUUAUUAGUUAUUCACCGGUAUUUGCAUUCUUUAGGUCUAGUUGAUAUUGCAAUAUUUUCACCAUCAGUUUAUAGGAGGUGGCUCCUAAGCAAAGGGAUGAAAUUUGCACGUUUUGGGAUUUGCGAGUUUUUUGCAACAGUGAUGUGCCCUCUUUUUGAGCCUAGUUUUGAUUCAUAGAUUGAUUUUAAUCGGUUUUCCUUGUGAUAUUUCGGAGCUGAUUCCUGGAGAACUACCGGAAAAUGUAAAUUUUUCAACCGUUUUUUUCGUAGCUGUGAUGUUGCAUGUAUUCCCAAGAAGAUUGGAAAGCCAUAAGAAUGGGUGCUAAUGCCUAAAAAAAAAAUUUGCUCUAAUUUUGAGGGUUUUUUUGGCAAAAAAAAACUCAAGGUUUCCAGUGAUUGUGAAAUAUAUAGAAUUGGUGGAAACAUUGGACAGAAUUCCUCUUAAAUUUUCAAUUUGCAAAGACUGAAAAUGCUGUGCAAAAAAAAAAGAGUUUUGAUUAUUGGUGCGCAUGUCAAUGGAUGCGAACAAAAAUUCUCCGAAGAAAUAAAAUUUCCCACAGUUUCUCCCUCUG